AUGGCGCCUUCAUCGACGAUUUUCUCGAUCCAGGACAAGGGUUUGAGAUUCGAUAGUGCAGCUGAUCUAGAACCACAUAUCCAGCCCCUUCUAGACAGCCAUGAUACGAUAACUGAAAUUCGUCUUGGGGGGAACACUUAUGGUGUCUCCGCCUGCGAACUCUUAGGCAAAGCCCUCCGCUCCCAGACAAAACUUCAGACCGCGAAUCUCGCCGACAUUUUUACCUCACGCCUCCUCUCUGAAAUUCCUCAAGCCCUCUCCUUUUUAUUAAACGCUCUGCUGGAAGUCCACACUCUCCAAACCAUAGACUUAAGCGACAAUGCAUUUGGCCUCAAUACACAAGCGCCCCUCGUCGAAUUCUUGCAGGCGCACGUUCCUUUACGCCACUUGUUAUUAAAUAAUAAUGGACUUGGACCUAAGGCUGGGAAUUUAAUUGCUGAUGCUGUAACAGAGUUAUGUGUGAGAAAAUCUAAGGCCCGUGCCAACCCUGAUAUUAAAUAUGAAAUACCCUAUUUAGAGACAAUCGUGUGUGGUCGCAAUAGACUCGAAAGUGGAAGCAUGGCUGCUUGGGCUCGUGCUAUUAAAGAUCACGGCAAAGGUCUUAAAACUGUGAGGAUGGUGCAAAAUGGCAUCCGCCAGGAUGGCAUAUCAAAAUUGCUGGACCAGGGUUUGCGGCAUGCGCCAGAUCUUGAAGUGCUGGACCUGCAGGAUAACACUUUUACUGUGACUGGAGCGCGCAUACUGGCAGAUGCAGUAACAGGCUGGCCAUUAAUUCGCGAGCUAGCUCUGGGAGACUGUUAUCUUAAAGGCCAAGGGUGGAUCAAAGUUGGAGACGCUGUCGCAAAGGGAAAUAAUAGCAAGUUGGAGGUCCUCAAACUUUCUUAUAAUGAUAUUAAUGCUGCUGGUCUUAAAAUCUUGCUUCAAGCCGCGAAAACUGGGCUCCCUGUUCUGAGACGCGUUGAGUUGAAUGGAAACAAAUUUGAUGAAGAUGACGAGAGUAUUGUGGCAUUAAAAGAGCUUUUUGACCAGCGAAGGGAAGCGAGCGGUAAUGAAAACGAUGACGAUGAUAAUUGGGGACUAGAUGAGCUUGACGAGUUAGAGGAGGAGAGUGAGGAGGAAGAGGAAGAAAGCGAGGCGGAAGAAGAUGUGGAGAAGAAGGCAGAAAGGGCUUUUAAGGACGCAGAAAAUGCUGAGAAUGAGAAGGUUGCUCAAACCGCUGAUGCUAUCGUCGAUGAACUUAGCCAGAAGCUUAAGGAGACAACUAUUUGA